GUUUGCUUGGGGUUGCUUUAUUUUCUGGCCACUGCCCAAAGCAUAAAUUCUCUCUAUGCAAAAUCCAGAGCCUCCCCUCUCUACCAGGCUUAGAGUGAGUGGUUUAGCAAAGUAAUGGAUGAAUAUGACCUGCUGAGGUUGGAUUCUCUCAGCUCAUUAAAAAGAUUUCUUGCUUUUGUCCUUGUCUUUACCUCUCCUUUUCAUUGAUGCCCUCUUCCCCCUUUUUGAGUUUAUAGGCGCAGUACGUAGCUGGUGUACACAAUACUCUUGCAAGGGAUGCAUAUUCACACGUUUUAUUCCCUUCUCUCACUCCCCAUCUGGUUAUAAAUACCCUUUGCCACUCACAGUUUUCUACAUCUUCAUUGCACUCGCUCCACUCUUUUCUUCAUCACAUUGCAAAACCCUGCUUAGCCCAGUAACUCGUUUGGCCAAGAUGAGCUAUGCACAUUCUAACAUGAGCUCUGGUAGUAGAACUGCUAGAAGGACAUUGGAGUUUGGAAGGACCCAUGUGGUGAAGCCCAAAGGAAAGCACCAGGCAACAAUAAUCUGGCUACACGGCCUCAGUGAUAACGGCUUAAGCUCAUCUCAGCUUAUGGAAUCACUUCCCCUCCCAAAUAUCAAAUGGAUAUGCCCAACAGCUCCUACACGUCCUGUUGCAGUCCUUGGUGGUUUUCCAUGCACUGCUUGGUUUGAUGUUGGUGAGCUUUCAGAAGAUGGUCCUGAUGAUUGGGAGGGCUUAGAUGCUUCAGCAGCACACAUUGCAAACUUGCUGUCAACUGAACCCCAAGAUGUUAAAGUUGGCAUUGGAGGCUUUAGUAUGGGAGCUGCUAUGGCCCUAUAUUCUGCAACUUGUUUUGCUACGGGAAGAUAUGGAAAUGGCAACCUAUACAAUGUAAACCUAAGGGCUGUCAUCGGUCUAAGUGGCUGGCUUCCAGGAUCAAGGAACUUGAGGAGCAAAAUAGAAGGGUUUCAUGAGGCUGCAAGACGUGCUGCAUCAUUACCUGUUUUUCUUUGUCAUGGAAAUUGUGAUGAUGUAGUUCCCUACAAGUACGGAGAAAAGUCAGCACAAUCUUUAAGUUCAGCAGGAUUUCGACACCUUACACUAAAACCAUUUGAGGGGCUUGGUCAUUAUACAAUUCCUAGAGAAAUGGAUGAAGUCUGCAAUUGGCUUAUUGCAAGGCUUGGUCUGGAAGGUUGCCGCUGAGAUUUUUAUUUAUUAUUUUUUUUUUGGUCAAGAAGAGAGAGGUUGUAGUUGGAGCUGAUAAGGGAAUAAUAGUUAACAAUAAAAAUGCAUAUGUAAAAGUUGAAUGAGGCAUAUGGGCUAGAUGAUGUUAUAGGUAAACUAACCUCAUAGUUUUCCUUUGUCUGUCCUAAAAAUAAAGUUUUGGAUGUGUUAUUUUGUUUUGAUUUGAUUUUACUUGUAGAAACAAGAUAGUUAUUAUUCUUAAUAUUAGAUAUAUUGUAUUUGGUAUUUA